CUCUCUCUCUCUCUCUCUCUUCGUAUAAAUCACCCUCUGCUACACCAGAGAUUUCAAUACCAUAUCAGAACUUUGCUUUAAGUCUCUCAAUUUUGUAACUUUUCAACGGAAAAAGGAAAGAUGUCGAGUACUCAGUUCAAUGCAGGUCAAACCCAUGGCCAGGCACAGGCCAAGACAGAAGAGUGGGUCCAAUCAGCUAAAGACACAGCAAACGCAGCAUCUGAUAGGGCCUCCAAUGCAACCCAGAAUACCCGGGAGUCAGCCCAGCGCGGGGCGGACCAGACCGCUGGUUUUCUCCAACAGACAGGAGAGCAAGUGAAGAACAUGGCUCAAGGUGCCAUAGAUGGUGUGAAGAACACACUAGGAGUGGGUGACAAGAAGUGAAAGAAGGAAAAAAAAAAAGCCAUCUCCCUCUCAUAGAGUUGUGAUAUGCUAUUGUAUUGGUCUAUUUUUGUUUAUUAGGAUUUUUCCUAUAUUUUAUAGGGCAUAAGUGAAAUUGUCUAGUGGUUUUGAGAACUCUUUUAGGAGGAUUCUCACAAGAGUUAAUAAGAGCUUUAGCAAUUCAAUGCUAGGGGGAGGGGUUUAGGGUUUGCUUGUUCCUACUUUGGGUAUUAGU